GGGCUCCGCGGGCCAUGGCGGAUCUCACGGUGUGCGCGUUCCUCACCAAGGUGCUGUGCGCCCACGGCGGCCGCAUGCUCCUGCCGGACCUGCGCGGCCACGUGGAGCUGUCGGAGGCGAAGCUGCGGGCGGUGCUGCGGCGCGCGGGCCCCGAGCGCUUCCUGCUACAGGAGGUGGAGCUGCGCGACGGCCCGUGGGACCCGGAGGCCGAGGUGGCGGUGGGCGCGGGCGCGGGCGCGGGCGGCGGCGCCACGGCCUGCAGGGUGGUGGCCGUGUCCUCCGCUCGCCUCUGCGCCCGCUACCAGCGCGGGGAGUGCCAGGCCUGCGACCAGCUGCACUUGUGUCGUCGCCACAUGCUGGGCAAGUGCCCCCACCGCGACUGCUGGUCUACCUGCGCUCUGUCUCAUGAUAUCCACACACCUAUCAACAUCCAGGUCAUGAAGAACCGCGGGCUUUUUGGCCUAAACGAAGCGGAGCUUCGAAUCCUGCUUUUGCAGAAUGACCCCUGCCUUUUCCCAGAGGUCUGUUUGCUGUACAACAAAGGUGGUGACGUCCUCUAUGGCUACUGCAACCUCAAGGAUAAAUGCAAUAAGUUUCAUGUGUGCAAAUCCUUUGUCCGGGGCGAAUGUACACUUCAGACCUGCAAGCGGUCCCACAAGCUCAUUCAGGCCACCACCCUGAAGUUGCUAGAGGACCAAGAGCUAAGUGCUUCAAGUGUCGUGAACUUCCAGAUAAUCUCUGUCUACAAGCAUAUGAAGCUGCACAAGAUGCCUGAAGAUGAAGACAGCACGGCCUCUGCUGAGCACUCACAAGGCAUUGAGAAGCAACGGACUCUUGGGGCCGGGGCUGGAGAAGCCAGGCCUCUCGCCCCCGCCCCUGCUCAAUCGCCCCGGAAGGCCCAGUAAACCUUAAGGAGCAUGGAGGAAGUGAGAAGCAGCAUGUCUGUUUUGGAGGGUCAGAAGCAAGACUUCGGCUGAGCUGGAGUUUGUAGCCAUUCUCUCUUCCCUUACUUAAUAACACUGGCAACUUUAAUACCUAUCUCAUCCCUGAUUGCGAGAGCCCAGGGUGGAAACAAAUGUACACUUGUGAAUGAGGUUGGAUCUGGAGCGGGCAAAGAGGGGGUAAAAAUCUGAGCACAGCAGGGGUUCAGUCCAGGGCAAAUCCUGAAGGUGUAGCCUCUGCCUGCAGUUCCUAUGUGCCUUUCCAGCCACAGGAUGGAGGGCAGGCUCCUGCUGCCUCCUCUGUCAGCUGGCACUUUCUAGACUCCAUUCACACAGCUUGCAUUGUAGACAUCACAGAGUUUGCACCCUCUGCGUAUUAUUUGUUAGUUUGGUUUAUACAUAAUCCCUUUUGCACUGAAUUGUUUAUAUAGUUUAAUUGUCUUCCUCAUGUUGGAAUG